AUGAGCACACUUCCCGAGCUGGUGGUGGGGGGCAAUGUAGGACUGGUCAUACAUGGUGUGGUUCUUGGACUUGGCCAUGUGUGCACUGAAAUCCAAGGCUCCCAAAGUGCCUGGGACCUGAAGAGAAAGAGCGAGGCCACCAGGAAAUCUUCAACCUUGGAGCAAAUUUUGUUCUAUAAACUUCUGAGUCAGUGUAACCAGCUGCACCUCGUGGACUUCAGAAGGCUCAGAGCGCGGCGGGCGGACACUCCUUGCGGCUCCUCCCCGGCGGCGGCGGUGGUGGCGGCGGCGGCGGCGGCGGCGGCAGCUCGGAGCGGGCUCCGGGACUGGAGCGCAGCGGCCAGAGGACGCCGAGCUGCGAGGAUUACCCGGGGAAGUGGUGGUCUCCCUGGCUGGAGCAGCGGAGAGGGGCGCUCGCGGCGGAGGACCCGAGUGCGAGAAGACAGAUUCGGGCGGCUGGGUCUGUGGCCCGCGAGCAGCGCGGGGACCGGGCAAGCAGGCCGCGUCGCGCUCACCAUGGUCAGCUGCUGGGACACCGGGGUCCUGCUGUGCGCGCUGCUUGGCGGUCUGCUGCUUACAGGAUCUAGUUCAGGUUCAAAAUUAAAAGGUCCUGAACUGAGUUUAAAAGGCACCCAGCACGUCAUGCAAGCAGGCCAGACACUGUAUCUCAAAUGUAGAGGGGAAGCAGCCCAUUCAUGGUCUUUGCCUGAAACAGUGAGAAAGGAAAGCAAAAGGCUGAGCAUAACUAAAUCUGCCUGUGGAAGGAAUGGCAAACAGUUCUGCAGUACUUUGACCUUGAACGCGGCUCAGGCAAACCACACUGGCUUCUAUAGCUGCAAAUAUCUAUCUAUACCUGCUUCAAAGAAGAAGAAAACAGAAUCUACAAUCUAUAUAUUUAUUAAUGAUACAGGUAGACCUUUCUUAGAGAUGCACAGUGAAAUACCCGAAAUUAUAUAUAUGACUGAAGGAAGGGAGAUCGUCAUCCCCUGCCGGGUCACGUCACCUAACAUCACUGUGACUUUAAAAAAGUUUCCCCUUGAUACCCUGAUCCCGGAUGGACAACGAAUAACCUGGGACAGUAGGAAGGGUUUUAUAAUAGCAAAUGCAACAUACAGAGAAAUAGGGCUUCUGACCUGUGAAACAACAGUCAAUGGGCAUUUGUACAAGACCAACUAUCUCACCUAUCGACAAACCAAUACCAUCCAAGACGUCCAGAUAAGCACUCCAAGCCCAGUCAAGUUGCUUCGAGGUCGCACUCUUACCCUCAACUGCACUGCUACCACUGAUUUGAACACGAGGGUUCAGAUGACCUGGAGUUACCCUGGUGAAACAAAGAAGAGAGCGUCUAUAAGGCAAUGUAUUGGCCAACGCACUUCCAUUGCCAUUGUGUUCUACAGCGUUCUUGUUAUUGACAAAGUACAGAACAAAGACAAAGGACUUUAUACUUGCCAUGUGAAGAGUGGCCCGUCAUUCAAAUCUGUUAACACCUCAGUGCAUGUAUAUGAUAAAGCAUUCAUCACUGUGAAGCAUCGAAAACAGCACGUGCUGGAGACCACAGCUGGCAAGAGGGCCUACAGGUUAUCUGUGAAAGUGAAGGCAUUUCCCUCGCCAGAGGUUCUAUGGUUAAAAGAUGGGUUCCCUGUGACUGAGAAAUCUCCUCGCUAUUUGGUUCAUGGCUACUCGUUAAUUAUCAAAGAUGUUGCUGCAGAAGAUGCAGGGGAUUACACGAUCUUGCUGGCCAUCAAGCAGUCCAGUGUGUUUAAAAACCUCACCACCAUUUUGAUUGUAAAUGUGAAACCCCAGAUCUAUGAAAAGGCCGUGUCAUCCUUUCCAGACCCAACUCUCUACCCCCUGGGCAGCAGACAGACCCUGACUUGUACCAUUUAUGGUUUACCUCAGCCUACGGUCACGUGGUUCUGGCGUGCCUGUAACCAUAGUCAUUCCAAAGCAAGGUAUGACUUUUGCUCCAAUAAUGAAGAGUCCCUAAUCCUGGAUCCCGACAGCAACAUAGGAAACAGGAUUGAGAGCAUCACUCAGCGCACGGCAAUAAUAGAAGGAAAGAAUAAGACGGCUAGCACCUUGGUUGUGGCUGACUCUAGAAUUUCUGGAAUCUACAGUUGCAUGGCUUCCAAUAAAGUAGGAUCUGUGGAAAGAAACAUAAGCUUUUAUAUCACAGACGUGCCAAAUGGAUUUCAUGUUAACUUGGAAAAAAUGCCUACGGAAGGAGAGGACCUGAAACUGUCUUGCACGGUUAACAAGUUCUUAUACAGAGACAUUACUUGGAUUUUGCUGCGGACAGUUAAAAACCGAACAAUGCACCACAGCAUCAGUAAGCAAAAAAUGGCCAUCACUAAAGAGUACUCCGUCACUCUCAAUGUCACCAUCAAGAACGUUUCCCUGGAAGAUUCAGGCACGUAUGCCUGCAGAGCCAGGAACAUAUACACAGGGGAAGAAAUCCUUCAGAAGAAAGAAGUUACAAUUAGAGAUCAGGAAGCACCACACCUCCUGCGAAACCUCAGCGACCACACAGUGGCCAUCAGCAGCUCCACCACGUUGGACUGUCAUGCUACUGGCGUCCCAGAGCCUCAGAUAACCUGGUUUAAAAACAACCACAAAAUCCAACAAGAACCCGGAAUUAUUUUAGGACCAGGAAGCAGCACGCUGUUUAUUGAAAGAGUCACAGAAGAGGAUGAAGGUGUCUAUCACUGCAAAGCCACCAACCAGAAGGGGUCCGUGGAAAGUUCGGCGUACCUCACUGUUCAAGGAACCUCGGACAAGUCUAACCUGGAGCUCAUCACUCUGACAUGCACCUGUGUGGCUGCAACCCUCUUCUGGCUCCUGUUAACGCUCUUUAUCCGAAAACUGAAAAGGUCUUCUUCUGAAAUAAAGACGGACUACCUAUCGAUUAUAAUGGACCCAGACGAAGUUCCCCUGGACGAGCAGUGUGAGCGGCUCCCUUAUGAUGCCAGCAAGUGGGAGUUUGCCCGGGAGCGACUUAAACUGGGCAAGUCACUUGGAAGAGGAGCUUUUGGAAAAGUGGUUCAAGCUUCUGCAUUUGGCAUUAAGAAAUCACCCACAUGCCGGACUGUGGCUGUAAAAAUGCUGAAAGAGGGGGCCACAGCCAGUGAGUACAAAGCUCUGAUGACUGAGCUCAAGAUCUUGACCCACAUUGGCCACCAUCUGAAUGUAGUCAACCUGCUGGGAGCCUGUACCAAGCAAGGAGGGCCCCUGAUGGUGAUCGUUGAAUAUUGCAAAUACGGAAAUCUGUCCAACUACCUCAAGAGCAAACGAGACUUAUUCUUUCUCAACAAGGAUGCGGCAUUACACGUGGAGCCUAAGAAAGAAAAAAUGGAGCCCGACCUGGAGCAAGACAAGAAACCAAGACUAGAUAGUGUCACCAGCAGCGAGAGCUUCGCGAGCUCCGGGUUUCAGGAAGAUAAAAGUCUGAGCGAUGUUGAGGAAGAGGAGGAUUCUGAUGAUUUCUACAAGCAGCCCAUCACUAUGGAAGAUCUGAUUUCUUACAGUUUCCAAGUGGCCAGAGGCAUGGAGUUUUUGUCUUCCAGAAAGUGCAUUCAUCGGGACCUGGCAGCAAGAAAUAUUCUUUUAUCCGAGAACAAUGUGGUGAAGAUUUGUGAUUUUGGCCUUGCCCGGGAUAUUUAUAAGAACCCCGAUUAUGUAAGAAAAGGAGAUACUCGACUUCCUCUGAAGUGGAUGGCUCCCGAAUCUAUCUUCGACAAAAUCUACAGCACCAAGAGUGACGUGUGGUCUUAUGGAGUACUGCUGUGGGAAAUCUUUUCCCUAGGUGGGUCUCCAUACCCGGGUGUGCAAAUGGAUGAGGACUUCUGCAGCCGCCUGAAGGAAGGCAUGAGGAUGAGGGCCCCUGAAUACGCAACUCCUGAAAUCUAUCAGAUCAUGUUGCACUGCUGGCACAAAGACCCAAAAGAAAGGCCAAGAUUUGCAGAACUUGUGGAAAAACUAGGCGACUUGCUUCAAGCAAAUGUACAACAGGACGGUAAAGACUAUAUCCCACUAAAUGCCAUACUGACAGGAAAUAGUGGGUUUACAUAUUCAUCUCCUGCCUUCUCUGAUGACUUCUUCAAGGAAGAUACUUCAGCUCCAAAGUUUAACUCAGGAAGUUCUGAUAAUGUCAGAUACGUAAAUGCUUUCAAUUUCAUGAGUCUGGAGAGAAUCAAAACCUUUGAAGAACUUUCACCAAACACCACCUCUAUCUUUGAUGAUUACCAGGUGGACAGUAGCACUCUGCUGGCCUCCCCCUUGCUGAAGCGCUUCACCUGGGCUGAGAGCAAACCCAAGGCCUCCGUGAAGAUUGACUUGAGAGUAACCAGUAAAAGUAAGGAGUCGGGGCUUUCUGACCUCACGCGGCCUGCUUUCUGCCAUUCCGGGUGUGGGCACAUCAACAGAGGCAGGCGCAGAUUUACGUAUGACCAUUCAGAGCUGGAAAAGAAGAUUUCGUGCUGCUCUCCUCCCCCAGACUACAACUCGGUGGUCUUAUACUCCACCCCGCCUGUCUAAAGUUUGACACAUCGCCUUCUUUCUAGGACCACACAAGUAUUUAUGCCCCCUGAAAACUAGCUGCUUCUGCCAGCAUGACACAUAUAUAAAUGUACACCUUCACCUUUCCACAGGAGCAAGCUGCCUUUUGUGAUUUUUUAAUAGUGCUUUUUUUUUCUUUUUGACUAACAAGAAUGUAACCCCAGAUAGAGUAAUAGUGACAAGUGAAAAACACCACUGGUAAAUCCUCACAUUAUUCAGUGUGUUAGAGAAACCCUUUCUAAGCCCAAUGACUUACCUGCUCCUACCCCUGAGACCACAGGGCAUUUGAUGAUUCAGGAGACACACUGACCCCGCCGUGCAGUGUGGACUCCAUGGGGCCAGCCACCGGCGCCCAGGAACCAGGAGGCAACCAGCCCUAAGCCGGCCGGUGCAAUGUCUCUGGGGUCCUCUAGCAGAUGUGACAUGGAAGGAGGAGAAGGAAAGAAGGGAGAAAGGUAGCAGACAGUAAACAGGACGGAGCACUGGAGAGAAGAAUUUGUGCUGUCCCAUAUGGGAAGGGAGUAGGAAAAGCCAUGACAAUGCUUCCAAACCCUGACCGAACCCAGUCCACAUGGAAAACCCAACCAGGGAGCAGAUAGGACAGAAGGAUGAGGGGACAUUUUCUGGAUUCCGGCAGGCAAGAAAAGGACAGACAUAUUUUUUUGGAACUACAAAACAAAUUUUUAAAAUCUUAGCUAUGGGACUGGAUCUAUGCCCAUUCCCAUAUAUGGCACAUUUUUAAAUUUCUAGCACUGAGCUUGGUGCUCAAAUCCGAGCCGAGACUGCAGGCCCCUCUAGCAAGACACACUGCAAACUCACCCUGAGCUAAGCUGGCUCCACGGCAUGAUGGCCUCACAC